UUGAUGAUGAUGAACUCAUCGGUAAAAUAUUUGUUGAAACUAAUGAAUAUAGUGAGGAUGAAUAUGAAUCAUCUGAUGAUGAACUAGAGAAAUCCAAAGGAUUUUUAGUUAUAGGAAAUUCUGAUAAACAACCUAUACUUGAAAUCAAUGAUACCAAA